AUGAGGAUAUCAAUAAUGGAGCUUCUAGUAUUUUUAUUAACAUCUCUUCACCUUCUAGCAACUUGCUUGGCCAUGAAUAUUAAAACUGAUAAAUCUUCUCUUCUAGCCUUGAAAUCCCACAUCACUUCAGACCCCGAUGAGAUUCUUUCGACAAAUUGGUCAUCUUUAACCUCAGUUUGUAACUGGAUUGGAAUCACUUGUGGCUCUCAUCAUAAACGAGUUACUGCACUGAAUAUUUCAGAGAUGGGAUUAACUGGUAGUGUCCCGCCACAACUUGGCAACCUCUCUUUUCUUGUUUCAUUUGAUCUAAGCUUCAACAAUUUCCACAGUAAACUUCCACCAGAAUUUUCUCGUUUGCAAAGAUUGAGAGUCAUUGAUCUUAGUUACAACAACUUCACGGGAGAAAUUCCUCGAUUUUUGGGUGAUUUUCAAGACCUUCAAAUGUUCAGCAUUGAAAACAAUAGUUUCAGUGGGUUCACUCCCCUUCUAUCUCAAACAUGA